AUGGGUGUGAAAUUCACUGAAAAGCUGGGCCUUCAUCGCCCCGGCGCCAUUCAGCCCAGCCCCAUUCGCCCCAUUAACCAGGAAGUCGCCAAUUUGCCACGCGUUCCUAGCGAUUAUCAUGACCAACUUCGUGAGAUGGCUAGGCUUGAAAAGGAGGCCAAAGGUGAAGAGGAGCCUAAGGCGAUUCCCCGUCCUGACCCGACUCUUGGAGACGUUAUGGACCCACGCGACAUAGACCUGACGGCGCUUGUGGACAACCUCCCUUUCAAUAUUAGGGUCGAUCAGCGCUAUCGUAUCCGCUACAGAAUCAAGAUGAUGGAGAACAACCAAUACAAGGUUGUUGCUGCCAUGGAUCUGCCAGUCAACUCUGUCAUCAUUGCUGAGACUCCGAUUUUCUACACGAGUGCCAACGACAUGGAAGGAUUCGAUCAGGUCAUUGCCCGAGUCUUGAUGCUUCCAUUCCCAGAAAAUGAAGCCUUUGCCAGAAUGAGACAAGCCCAGGACUUCUCUACUCGAUUGUUCACACACAACAGCCGCCUCAACAUCAAGAAGAUGAUUGCCAACAAGACGUUCAAACUCCCAAAGCAUCUCCAUUACGUCGACAUCAAAGACCAGAACUCCAGUUUCAAGAAUCUUAUCUUGAGACAGUAUGUCACCAACCGCUUCAAGAUCAGUGAUGAUGCUGAGUGCAUUGACGUCCGUGAGCCCCUGUACGGAAUGUACCAGGAUGCCUCGCGUCUCAACCACUCGGCUGACCCCAACUGCAUCGUGGACAUCAACGAGGCACCUCCAUUCAUGAUGUUCCUGGUCACCACGAAGGACGUGAAGAGAGAUGAGGAGCUCACCAUCAGCUACCACAAUGACAUGCACUGUGGUCCUAUUCGCCAUGGCGAAAAGGCUGCUAAGUGCACAAAGCUGUUUGGCUACAGCUGCUUCUGCAAGGUCUGCAAGGUCCCCAAGAGUGAUUUUCCUGAGGAUGAUGUAGAGGAGGAGGAUGAUGAGAGCAUCUGCGCUGUUAUGUAG